UCUCGCGAUAACUCAACGUCGAGGGGAGUGUCAAAUUCCAAGAGAGAGAGGGGAGCCACAGCGAGGGGCGCAAGGUUACAUUGCAAGCUCUUUGCAAAAAUGGGGGACGACCGACCUUUUGUGUGCAUCGCUUCUGGCUGUGGACAGAGGUUUACCAACGAGGACCACUUGGCUGUACACAAACACAAGCAUGAGAUGACCCUGAAAUUUGGACCAGCCAGGACUGACUCUGUAAUUAUUGCAGACCAGACACCUACUCCCACCCGCUUCUUAAAGAACUGCGAGGAGGUUGGUCUGUUCAAUGAGCUGGCCGGCUCCUUCGAACAAGACGAGGAUGACAAGAGAGCAAAGAACUCUCUCCCUGCUCCCAACGCUGUGGCUGUGGACAUGAGCAUGCAGACAGCAUCAGACAUGAAGGUGAAAGAUGAGGAACCUGUAGAGGUUGACUCCUCGGCACCAAGCAGCCCUGAUUCUUACUCUGAAGAUUCUGACAACUACACGCCUCUGGUUAAAGGAAAGGACACACCACCCAGAAGUUCCGCUCCCACCCCGACGAUUGUGCGUCCAGGUUCCCUCCAACUACACUUGGGCUUUGAUGCCCUUCAGUCCACCAUGCCGUCACCCACCUCUGUCAUCACACAGACACCACCUUCCAAUCGAACAACUCUGGGUUCGCCAACCAGCCACUACCCCAUGAUGAUGCUUCCUUCUGGUCAGGCAGUGCCUGUGCUCCCGGGUCCAGGACAGAUGCCCUCUGUCAUAAAUCUGGUCCGACCCAUGAGUAUGGUACCCAACAUUCCUGGAAUCCCCGGUCCUCCUCUGGGAGGCAGCAGCAGCGGCUCUAACUCUCCUUCUGGCUACAGCAUCCACUCAGAGGCCAAGAUGCUGAAUACCCAACCCCAUGGAUUUCCCUCGCCGAUGGGCUCCACUGCCGAUCGGCCAAUAACAGAGUUGGGCCAUUUAAUGCCAACAGAACGGGACGAACUACGACAACUAUGGCCACAGCGUCUGAAGGCUGCACUGUCGCAGCAGAGCCCGUCAGGAUACCAUAUGGGGAUCAUGGCCAUGGGCGGCAGCCCCAUGAUACCUCAGAGGGCGGAGCAGAGCCAGCUGCUGGUCCAACAUCCAGACGCUCCGUCACCUGCACAACCUCAGGUAUCUCCAGCGCAGCCUACAGGUGGGCGGCGGCGGCGGACGGCAGAAGAUGACCCAGAUGAACGAAGGCAGCGGUUCCUCGAGAGGAAUCGGGCCGCCGCAUCGCGCUGCAGACAGAAACGCAAAUAUUGGGUCAGCUCUCUCGAGAAGAAGGCCGAGGAGCUCUGCAACAUGAACGUCUCGCUGUCGAAUGAAGUGUCUCUGCUACGGAACGAGGUGGCUCAUUUAAAGCAGCUGCUGCUCGCCCACAAGGACUGUCCUGUGACCACCCUACAGAAGAGGACUGCCUACUUAGCCGUAGAAGAGAGCAUGAAAGACACCUCCGAGCCGACGGGCUCGCCUGCCCCGGUGAUCCAGCACAGCUCCUUGGCACACAGCCCCUCUGCAGGGCACAACGGCCUGAGCUCAAGGGCAGCAGCUGAAGCCAUGGCUAUGUCUGUUCUGGCAGGAAUGGGCCAGCAGCAGAGGGCUGAGAGCGGACCCUCUCACAUUAUCAUGGCUGCACAGUCUCAAUCUGCUGCCAGAUGAUGAGCGAUGCCACCGCCGCCCAGACUUGGUUUACAAUCACCACCCAGGGAUAGAAGAGAGCAGCGGACCCCUCUCCGAACCUCCCCCAACAUAGAAGUCCAUUUGUCAUCUUCCCCUCCGCCCUCCGCCGUGCUCCUCUGCUCUCUCUGACCCUCUCGCGGAGCCAUCACGCUGUGGCCUGAAGCUCGGCAGCAGCCUUCUGAGAAUGGACUGAGACUUUUUGCGAGAGCUUCCUGUUCACUUUGCCAUAGACUACAGGGGCUGGACUCCAACCUCCCAUCCUCGUUUCCCACUCUGUGCUUCUCCGCUUAUCUCUCCUCACUGGACUGUCGGACUGCAUCGCUCCGAGUGGAUGCCGCCAAUGAACGUCCCAUGUGGACACGUGCACAGCUUCGAACACGCGAGGUGUUGUGCAUAAACAUUCUCGAUCAAAUCAGAUACCAAACAGCACGCAGGACGUUACACUGUUUUCAGCAGGGAUUUGUGCCUUGUGCUCCUCGACUUGUUGGCCACACACACACACACACCGUCACACACCGUCACACACCGUCACAGCAUACGUCCCUGAACAACCGUGGCUCCAACGGGCCGUCGUUGUCCAGACGUCAGGGACUCGGCUCUCAAAUACUCACUCAAACCUUUUGUAAAUGGUUCCACCAUUUUUGGGUCCAUCUCCACAUGGGCCUAAAAACCUUACCUCAAUUACUCCCCUUUUAUGACAAAAUGAAUAAACUGUGUGUGUGAUACGCUCUGUGCGUAUAUAUUUAUGUACAUCGCAACAUAGCAGUUUGCCUACUCCUGACCUGAUACGUUAAUAGCUGGAUUGUUAGCAUGUGACUGAGGGUGUUAUAUUCUUGACAGCUAUAUACUUUUUUGUUAUUAAUUGGCGCCAUUGUCCCAAAGUUGUCCACAGAACCAGAACCAAAAUCCAUUGGAUUGACUUUGUAUUAUCUUAAAUAAGUUUGUUUGAGCAGCAGUUUUUCUGACCUGAAGGGAAUUCAACCUCUCCCCUCCGCCUUACCUUCCUCUAAAACAGACAGCGGAGCUGUUUGUGGGUUUGUAAGUGGAUGCCUUUUCCAUUUUAUAUGAAACGAUUCUCGUGACUGUGUUUCUGUGUGUGGGCCCUGGACUUACUGUAACUGUUAUUUUCACACUUCUCAGGAUGGUUGCACAUCCUUGCUGCUCGUUUGAAGUGCGAUGAACCCAGUCACCCUGCGCUUUACCAAACCUGAACUAAGCCAUGCUGACCACAAAUCAGAUAUCUCCAAAGACCACUGUGUACUUGUUCUGGGGACAGGAAGUAACUCGCCUUGCUGGUAUUGUGUGACUCAGGUCAUAGUGACAACAUCUACAGUAUAUCCCUGCUGGUUACUUGCACUUACACUCAGUCUCACAUACAGUUUCUGAUGAUUUUGCCUUAAGAUCACAUGGUGCCUCCAAUAACCCCCCAAAACAUGCAGAUUUGCUCUAUGGGAAAAGCAAUGGAGCCUGAGAAAAAUGUAUUUGUAUCAAUUUGUCAAUCUCCUCAAAUAAAAAAUCUUAUCGAUGAGGAACAAAUGAUUUACUCAUUGGAGAUUCCUCAAAGCCUUUUAAACCAAUGGAUAAUUAAACCAUGAAUCUCUCUAGUGACAUCAAACGAUCCCAUCCUUGCCUGUCAUCUGGUGGAGAGACACAGCAAAGACAUCUUCACUGGAAAAAAAAGCUGAUGUCUUUUGACUGUUAAUGAAUGGCUCCAGUUCUUUAUAAAUCCCACCAAGAUAUUUGAUAUCAGUAUGUUUUCUCAUACACACGUAGACAAGCUGUUGGCCUGCCUUGUGUUUCUUCCCGUAUGUUGUCUUUUUCUUUCCAUUUCUCUGAUAGGAUCAUAUAUUUGUCAGAUGGGAUAUUUUUUUUAAACCAAGAUAUCUGUCCAUUAACACGAGGGCAUGUCUUUAUGCACUAAAAUAAUGCAAGUUCAUUGUUGCUUUGUAUUCCUGUUCUGUUCAUUUUAAGUUUUUGCGGUUCUCUUGUUCUUCUUCAGGGGUACCAGAUACUUGUUUUUGUAUCAUGUCUCUCCAUUCAUUCUAUUCAUUCAUGGGAAUGUGCCCGGCAACUUUAAAACUGUUCAUCUUUGACUGAAACCUUUGUCCUCCAGUCCCGUGGGAGAGCCCGACAUGUUGUUGUACUUCUUCAGAGCUGGCACUAUAUUCGGCUGGCAGUCCCUUAUAGACGAUUGUUCAUAUGAAAGGAAAAGUCAAACUAUAUUUAGCUUUCAUGUAAUUCAUGUCAUUGGCACCUUUUCUGUCCUUUUUUUCUGUUUUCUUGUGUUGUGUGCUAUUUUCAGCACUAUACAACCCUUGUCAUAACGCUUAUGAUUGUACUGAUGAAUAUAGAAACUCAUUUCUUUAACACAGAGAUUUAUUUUUUGUUUGUUUGGUUUUCUACAGAAAAAUAUCAUUAGUCCUCUUUCAAAAAGUGAUUUUGUUAUAUCUGUAAAGUGAAUUUGGUCAUGUCUCUUGACUAUCCUUAUAACUUAUUUUUUAAUUGGUCAACUAACAGUCUUUUGGCAUAUUAAUGUUACCUAGAAUUGUUGUGAAAAAAGCAAAUUAUUGAAAAAUACAACAAAGCGAAAGUUGAAUAGUAAAUUAAUGUUUUUUCACUCUCCCACUGUUGGACUGAUAAUUUCAAAAAUUGUCCCUGUACUGUACAUAUCUGUACUAUAUGAAUAUAUUUACUUUUCCAUGCAUGUCCAAGUGGAAUACUAUGAACACUUACAGUGCUGCAGUUUUAAUUAAAGAAACUACAUACUUAAUGAACAUGUACACGGUUCUGUUUGUUUGUUGUGAGUUUAGAUUCACAACAGCAAAAAAAAUGUAUAUUGAAAUUUGCUGUAAUCUCACAUGACAACUGGAAAAAUGCAAUUUUUGGUAAAAGUGAUAUGAAAGACAGUGAAUAUAAAAGAAUAUACUGCAUGUUGGGA